AUGGACGACUACCAUGACGUCAUGGCCAUAGCAGAUGUCUAUAAUGGGAGGGACCAUCUCCCUUCAAUGUAUGAAGAAUUGCUGGCAUCUGAGAAGAGCUACGUCAGUGUCAUCGACGGUGAAAUUGUAGCAUAUGCAACUUCCGGCACAGUAGACAGUGGUCAGACACUGGUCAUCCGUGCAGGUCGAAUUAAGGCGAAGUACAGAGGUCAGGGUCUGCACGGCACUUUCAUGAAGUACAUCCGUAAACAGUUCGCUGCUAGUCGAGUUAAGUACGAGGCAUUCUCCACACACAUAUUAACCGUUGACGUGAAGAAAAACAGAGCCACAGAAACGUGUGUCAAGAAUGUCCUCUGUUAUAGAUUUAAAAUGAAGAAUUUGAGAUGCGUAUCAAAUACCACGAACACGGAGCCGAAACGUCUGCAAACGACCGAUUUGGAAGAAGUAUUUUCUUCAAAACCUACAUGUGGACAUAUUUUUCCACAUGGCAAAAUGAUAGUGAAUUGGGUACCGUUUCGAACUUGGAUCUCCAACAUCGACCGUAUAAUAAAACCCAAUACAAUCACCCUGGCGACCAGUGACGCAGACAGGUCGCAAAAUGGCGUCAUCUACACGUGCCUGACCCACGGCAGUUCUUUCCGCUGCAAAAUAGGUCUGGCGUAUUCAGUAGACGUGUUUGGCGAUGACGUCAUAGAAAUGCGCAAGCACAUACUCGAGCAUAUGAAAUGCAUACAAGAUCAGGUACAGGGGGAGAACGAUGAUGUAUCGCUGUGCCUUUUUACUUCAUCAAGUGUAAAUCGUGCGGAUAUUGACGGAGUCCUCGCCGAUACUAACCUGCCCAGACAUAAUGAUAACAAAAUGUACCAGAAGAUGCGCGUGUUUGAAGGACCUUUCAAAGUUUAA